AUGGCAGUUGAUAGUGGAACUGAAGAUAAAAUCAAUAGAAUAUGUCGUCAAAUGGAAGAAUUUGAGUUUUGCAGCCAAACCUUCCAUCAGAAUUUGAAAGGUGAUUCAGCAGACUAUAUAGGACUAACUGAAAUAGCGAACAAUCAAGUGAGCACGUAUACAGCAAGUACACUUGUUUACAUUCAACAACUUUUGAGAAGCGUAAGUGAUCCAGUAACAAGAAACAGGUUAAUAGUAUGUGAAAAUGGAUAUUAUGUAGUAAAUGAAACAUUUUUAGAAGGGAUAAGGUUGUUCUCAGAAAGAAAUUAUAAGGGAAUGUUGAAUACUGAGAAGAUAGCACCGAGAGCGCAAGCAAGUUGUAUUUCAAUAUUCAGCACUAUACCACCACCCGAACAAAAUCCACUUGUUGAUAUUAAUAGGAGGAUGAGAAUCCUCAUUGCUAUGGCUAUAGUAUCUGGCUCUAGCAUUGGUUGA